GGUGGCAGCCACAGCGACAGUGGCGACGCUAACGUCGACCGUGGCAGCUUAGCGUAGCGGUGUGCACCGCACGGCCCGGUGGAGCAGGGAAAUCUCGCCGAGUACGAGUGGCGCGCAUUACGUCGUUCUUGAUCGACUGUCGAAAUUAUUUUAUAUCGGGCGUGAAUUUUUAUUAUAGAACGUGUCGUGUAUUUAUAUACGAGGCAGUAACGUAACCACGGCAAAGUUUAAAAAUCUAAAAGUGUAGAAGAUAGAAGAAUUCCGUAGUGAAUGUAGAUCGGUAGAACGAGGGAAGAAAGACCGGGGUUAUAAACGUGUCAAACAAUCGCGUGCGAUCGUUGAUUGCGUCGGAAGUGAUGUUACUUUCGUUUCGAUAGUGAUUGCUCGUGUUUGUGGCCGAUUUCGUGGCUUUCUUGCAGCACGAAACGGUAUUUCUGACGAAGAGUGAUUUUUUUUUGAAGUGUGUUUUUUCGGUUAUCGUAUUUGCAACGUCUCGUUUCGUCGUUCGAUUUAUCGAUUCAUAGUGUCGAUUCAAUCUACGUUCCUCUCGAUUCGACCAAGGAAAAUGUGGGCGCAGUGUGUGAAAGACAUGCAGGACGAGGAUAUAGGAAGACAAUUUCCGUAAAGUGAAUUGAAGCAGAGGUCCUGUGAUCUCGAGAAACAUACAGUGUUAGUGAAAUUGGUGGAAGAUGCUGCUUGACAAUCGAUUGCUAUGAUUGAGCCGCGGAGAGUUCACGUGGAACGAUCAUGAUUUACCUUAGGCUGCACGUCGGGAGGAGUCUACGGUGCAACACGAAUGCAAGACACUGGAACGUGUUCAUCGUGCCACUCUUCCCACUCUGGAUUAUCGGCGCCUUCUGCGUAAAAGACAUCCCGAUAUCGCACAUCGUGGCACUGGUCGGUGAUCCUACGUACCUUCCAUGCGACAUAUCAACCACACAGGAAGGAGAUUCGGUGCACCUUGUGCUCUGGUACCGCGAGGACCUCGGUACGUCGGUCUACAGCGUCGAUGCCAGGGAUCGAGAUUUCGGCAUCGCCGAACGAUGGUCGGACGACACGGUGUUCUCGAAUCGAGCUUACUUCAUGCCGGACAAGAAACCGGCCGAACUCGGGGUGGACCACAUAAGAGAGGAGGACGCGGGUAUCUACAGGUGUCGCGUCGAUUUCCAGAUCGGGCAAACGAGAAACUCCAAAGUCAAUUUAACGGUGAUAGUUCCGCCGCACAAAAUCGUGAUCGUCGAUGACUCAGGGAUCGCACGGAACUCGAUGGUGGGCCCGUACAUGAAGGGCGACACACUGCGGCUCUACUGCGACGUGUACGGCGGUAAGCCGACGCCCACAGUGUCCUGGUACAGGGACGACAAACUCGUCAGCAACAAAACCGUGACGGUGAGGAACGGUGUUGCGCGGAACGAGCUCGUUAUCAAAAAUUUAGGAAGGAACGACGUACGCUCGACCCUCACCUGCAACGCGACCAAUAACAACAGGUCGAUACCCCUUUCGACCACCGUCUACGUCGACAUGAAUUUCUGGCCGUUGGAGGUGAGGAUAAUCGGGUCGAACCAGCCGUUGUCGGCGGGCAAGAGGUACGAGCUGGUCUGCGUCACUUCCGGCUCGAGGCCACCGGCCACGGUAACCUGGUGGAGGAACGAUCAACGUUUGGUGGACACCAAGGAGAGCAUGUCGAGCGAUGGGAACACGACCACCAGCAUCUUGUCUUUCAUGGCGACCAAAACAGAUGCUGGUAGACAAUUGUCGUGCCGGGCUGAAAAUCCAAUCAUGGGGAGCGAAUCGAUAAGGGACGACUGGGUACUCGAGAUACAGUACACGCCGGAAACGCGGAUACAGCUGGGCACCUCGUUGAAUCCCAACGAGAUCCGCGAGGGAACUGACGUGUACUUCGACUGUUUGAUUCACGCCGAGCCUUCCGUUUAUAAGGUUGAAUGGCGACAUUUGGGGAAAACUCUUCACUCCAACGUCACACAGGGUAUCAUAAUCAGUAAUCAAAGCCUGGUGUUGCAAGGCGUCGACCGUAAAAGCGCAGGCAAUUACACUUGCGUCGGAUAUAACACGGAAGGGGAUGGGGAGAGCACUCCGUUUUAUUUGAACGUAAUGUUCUCGCCCACUUGCAAACCGAAUCAGACGAAGGUGCACGGCGUGGCGAAACAAGAAAAGGCAAACAUAUCCUGCCAAGUGGACGCGAACCCCCCCGAGGUUCAAUUCCGUUGGACCUUCAACAAUUCCGCCGAGAGUAUCGACGUGGCCGCCAGUCAUAUCGCCAGGGCCGGCACAUCCUCCAUCGUCUCAUACACACCUAUGACGGAAUUGGAUUACGGCACGUUGCUCUGCUGGGCCACCAAUCGAAUUGGACAUCAACAAGUGCCCUGCGUCUAUCACAUCAUACCAGCCGGUCGGCCCGAUAUGGUUCACAAUUGCACCACCUUGAACACGUCGACCAACUCGUUCUCGGUGCGAUGCACGGAGGGGUUCAACGGCGGUCUACCCCAGUCCUUUCUUCUCGAAGUGAGGGAGAGCAACAGCCAGGAAUUGCGUGCUAAUCUGACAUCGCCUGUGCCACGUUUCAGCGUCACCCAUUUGGAAUCGGGCGCCCUUUACCAGGCCUGCAUUUACGCGUACAACGAUAAAGGGCGGAGCGAGGCGAUGGUGGUUCAGGCUGGGACCAUGAGGCUACCUGAAAAACAAUUAACGUCAGAGUCAGAGAGGCCGAGACAGAACAUCAGGCUUAUGCCAAUGCUGAGCGUGAUGAUCGGCGUGGUGACCGCUUUGAUCAUCGUCGCGGUAAUAGUAAUGGUCGUGCUCAGAAUUCAGCACACGCAGGUGGACGAACAGAGCAAGUCGCAAAUGGAGGACCACAGCAAACAAACGAAACCGGCUCCCAUCCAACGGGAACUGAGGUUUCGCGAGGGAAGCAGUUUGCUCACGGAUGAAAAACAUCCCAGCAGCCCUUUCAGAAAGCUGGAGAGCAGCGGUGACAUAAGCGAGAACGACGAGAAGAACCCAGAUAUCAUACCUCAGCAAAUCACCGGCGACGAGCCGUCCGAGUACCUGAGAAAGAGGCGGCUCGUGUCGACGAUCGAGACAUCGCCAUCGAGAAGUUUGUUGGAACACUCGACGGUCACUUCCGUAAGCGGGCACAGCAGUUACGUCGGUUACUGCACCAUACGUAAUGGCAUGCCGUUGCACGAGUUCUCGAAUCUGACGACGAAGCAUAAAAGCUUUCAGCCAAUAGUGGGCGACGACUAUCAAAGUGGGGUUUGCACGCUCCCGAGGCAACACUGGCCGAGCCAAAGCGUUCAAUCAAUGUCGAUGACGAUGAGCCCGCCGAUGCUCUACACAGGCCUCGGUGUCGUCACCAGGACGUGCCCGAGCACGACCUUGCUCACCAAGGACGUGGAGGCUAGGAUCCCGGCCCAAUGUUGCAUCCAGUCGCAGAAGGACGGCAAGAUGAGCACACCGAUCGUCAUGGCCAAAAGGGAGAGCUCCGUGUGACACUUUUGUCGCUCGCGGACCAGCCACGUGUGAACAAUUGAAUCUCAUCGUUUAAGCGUUUUCUCGAAUCUCUCUGUACCGAUACCGGUGAUGAUUCACGUGGUAGCGACGAUUGGAUUGGAUGGUUGCGGAUGAAAGAUAAGAAAGAAGGAAGAAUUCUUAUCCAAUGAUCUUCCUUUCCUCGGUUUCGAUUACAAAAUUCGAAUGUUUUCACGAGUAUAGGGAUAUCGAUUAUCCCUAUAUUUUCCUUCUAAUUUAAGCGAUUAAUUAAAUCGUGUAUAAAAGGAAGGACAGAGGAUGUAGUUCGCGUGUAGCCAAAUAAAGCGAGGAGGGUAAACGCGAUCUUGAAUUGUAUCAAAGGAAUAAUUAUUAUAAGGUUACCUCGAACGAUCGAUAUCUCUAAAUUACGGAUCACGGAUAGAUACCAAUCGUCGAUUUUGUGUUCAGAGACAUUCGACAGUGUACGAAAACGAUGUGAGCGUGAAUGAAACGGUAUACUUAUAUAUAUAUAUAUAUAUAUAUAUGUAGAACCGUACGCAAAUUGGAAACGAGGCCGGUUGUAUUUCGAACGAAUUUAUUUCCUCCAUUCGCGAUUUAGUCAUCGCGUUUAACGUCUCUCUGUUCGAUCAAGUGCCCUUUUUACAUUGAACCGGACGAUUCUUGAGCCACCGUGUGUGAAUAUAUUUGAAAAAAAAAUAAGAAAAAGAGAGGAGAAAAGAGAGGAAGGAGGAGGAAGAGAAAAAAAAAAAGAGAAAAUACGCGUUGGAAGAUAAUCGUGCGUCGUAUGAUGAAAGAUGUGCGAGUGCAACCGGGAACGAAUUAUUGAUAGGAGAAAUAUAUACUUAUACAUAUGCGUGGGGUUUCGCUCGUGCUGUACAUAUACCUUGAAUACGAAGGAUAUUUUAUACAGAUUGCUAUAGUAUAAAGAUGAAAUAAAAAUUAUAAAAAUAAAAAAAAGAAAUAUAAGGGAGCGAAAGAAGAGGGGGGGAGGGGUGGAAUAAGCGAGAAGCUAUUUAUUCCCACUUUUACCGAUGAUAUGGUGAAAGAAGAGGGGGGGGAAAAGAAAAGAAAAUAAUAGGGGGAGAAAAAUAUACACAUUGUACAAUUCGUUUAGCCGUUGUAAGUAUAAAUAAUGUAUAUGGGUAUAUAAAUCGAUCGAGACAACCAGAAUAACGUACACUGAGAAUGUCCUACGACAUGACGAGAUAGAAAAGUUUAAAUAGUCAAUGGGAACAAGAAUUUCGCAUGUGUGUGUGUGUAUGUUCGAAGAGGGGGAAAUGACAAGGACGUAGAAGACAUAUCGUACAGCUUUUCCAUCAUCGAAAAAAAAUUGAAAUUAAAAAAACGAAGCAUUAGAAACGAGAUGAAUCGAACGAAAGAAAGAAAAAAAAAAGUAAAAAAAAAAGCAGGUUAAAAAAAAAGAAGAAACAUGACAAGAUCAUCUCCCGUUGCUUUCGUCAGUAUGCAGUAUUCUGGAUUUUAUUGUAAAAUUACGUAUUUGUAUAAUGUAUAAAGUAAUGAUUUUCCUUCCGCGUAAUGAUUCGAGGAUGAAAGCAAAAAUGGAAAAAGGAAAUCAUAUGGAAGGAAAACCUCCUGGUCGUGCUUUUAUAAAACUAUUGGUAUAUUUUGAUGCUUGAAAAAUUCAAAGAUCGUUAUAUAUUUGAUUCUCGUUUGAUUUGCAAAAUUCAGAAUAAAUAUUUAAUUACUUUCAGAUAUAUUUGAUAUUACUUCUAAUAUUUUGAUACUUUUAAAAUUAUUUUUAAAAUUAUUUGAAUGUAUCUUAUUUAAUUUUUAUUCUAAAAUUUUGUAGAUCAAAAUGAAAAGAUUAGAAAAUAUAUUGUAUUUUCCAUACAAAUUUGCUAAAUGAGUAAAGUAAAGUUUGAAAAGCUUUAAGAAAAGUAUAUGUAUGACUUUUAUCCACGAAUCGUUACUAGAAGCUCGAAUGAAAGAGAAAAAAAGACGAAUAUUUAUAGCUUCCUUGAUCGUUAAGCACAGCAAAAAUGAGAAAACAAAAAAAAGAAAGAAAAAGAGAGAGCUUUCGCUUCGCUCUGUAAAUGUCUCCUUUUCCUAAUAAAUGGUAAACACAUUUGUGUGCAUGCGUGUAUCUAAGAGCCAAAGAAAAUAUUUGGUAGAAAAAGAAGGAAAAGGAAAAAAUACGGGAAGAUCUGGAUAAUUUAAUAGAUAACUCAGUGUAAUACGGUCAUAGGAAAAUGGCGAACAAUGAUUUUUCACGAAUCGUUCGUGUAAAUAUUAUCGAGAAUUAGUCGUUCUUUCGAAUCCUCUAGAUGAAUGUGUUCUUUCGAUCUUUAGUCGUUAAGUUUUAUCCUCGAAGACACGGUGUCUGAUUGUAAUAUUUAAAAAAGAUAAAGAAGAAAAAAAAGAGAGAAAAAGACACUCUGCGUUGAAAGAGAAACGCGCGAAAUAAAAACUCGUUAUUUAUUAUUGCCAUUGAUGGAAUUGAUAUCGCCGCAUAGCCAGUGUACUAAGGGGAACUUUACUAAUCGUUACGAAAAACACCUAUUUCAUCUUGUACUAAGCGUCUUACGCUAAAAGGCUGAACAAAAAUUUAUAAAUUAACGAAUUCAUCCUGACACGAUAGUGAUGCGCUAGUAUCGUUUCGAAUGAUCUAAGGCGCUUAACGAGUUUCGCUAGCAGCACAAUAAAUCUUCAACACAAACUGCCAAUAUAAUAUCUUUUGAUAAUUUAUUCGAACAAUUCUUCAUAGUAACAUCAACGAAACGGUCUAAACCGAACGGCAUCGGUAUUGGAUUGAAAUUUUAUUUCAUCAUCAUACUUUUAUCUUCAAGAAACGCGAGAUAUCAAUAGCAGAGAAAAAUAGUUAUUUAUUUUUUUUUCCUUUUCUUUUUAAAAAUCAUUAUAUUCUUCAGAAAACAAACGUUCCAAAUUGAUAAUCAAAUAAAUCUUUAAAAUUAAAUUUUUAAAGUUUUUAAUGAAUGGGCUUUGGUUUUUUCCCAUUAAUCUUUGUACUCAUUUUUCUUGAGUUCGGGGCAGAAUAUCAUAUCACGAGGUGCCGGCCAGAUGGUAUCUGCAAAAUAAUCACCAUCAUUCUAAAUAAAGAUAUUCUUUCAUCUUUUUUGAAAUUAUUCUUCUAACUUUCUUCUGGUUUCAUUUUCAAUUAUCAAUUCGUUAUGCUAUUUGACAGUGGCGAAGAUGUACUUCCGUUUUUACAAAUUAAAAAGUGAUAAGAUAUGAAUAUUCACAAUAUUUAUAUUAUAAAAUAUCUUUUCUUGUUAAUUUGCUCUGAAUUACACAGGAUAGGAAAUAAUUCGAUUGAUAAUAAAAUAUAAAAGAAAAUUAUAUGUAUGUAUAUUUCAAACAAAAGUAAAUCAAACUUUGUUUUUGUAAAGUGAAUUUAAAAAAAUCGAAUAUGAAAAUGCACGUGUACUCGAUAAACAUUUGAAACAACAAAUUCAAAAAAAUUAUAAAUAUUAUUUUUUUUUUAAAUUAAAUUUAUCGUGAUAUUUCGUAAAAUGAAUAUUCUUUUGUAAGAAAUAUUAUCUUCUUUUCUUCACGAAUUGUUUCCAAUCCUACAUAGAUAAUAACUUUUAGAAUUAAUACUCUAAGAAAUGCUAUGUUACAAAUUAAAUGUUACUUUAUAUUUGUUUAAAUGACAAAUUUUAAUUUUAUAGUUAAUAUACAAAAUUUCAUUAAAUAUUAUAUAAUUAAUUAUUAUAUAAUUAAUUGAAAUUUGCGUAAUAACCAUAAAAUAUCUAAAUAAUACCGACCAGCGUUUACUCAUCUAUUUGCUUCGUUAUUAUAUAUCUUACAGUAGCCAGAAAUAAGAGCCAAAAAAAUCUUUUUAGACUAAUAAUAAUACAUGAAAGCACCGUUUCAGCCGUAUAUCGCCUGUAUAUUUUUAAUGAUCGAAUUUGACCAGCUGCUUUUGCAAAAGAAAAUCAAAAAAAAAAAAAAAAAAGAAAAGAAA